GUACCUUUCUAAUACCAUGGCAUCCAUCUCGUGAGGUCUAGAUUUUGAGAUCCUCUCGUUAUCGUUCAAACAAUUCUUUUCCAAGUUCUUAAACUACCUCCUUUUAUUUUCUUAAUUGUAUUCCUUUGGUCUUCUUGUUCGGUCUUCUCCGAUAUAACAAGUCCAAUGUUAUUUUUUCACAAUAUCUUUUUGCUACCUACACUCAACCGAGCAAGCCAUAUAAUUCCUUGCUAGGUAGGUAUACAUGCCAUACAUGCCAUACAUAUCAUACAUGCCAUACACGUUAUACAUAUAGUCUUUAUACAUCUUUGUAUAUGCACAACCAAUUACGUUUCGGCUCCAGCACCCCGUCCCCACGAAUAACACCUUGCUGGCUGACUUAUAUGCGCACUGUAAUCGGCUUUUGAUGUAUAUAUCUACCGUAGAGAGCUAACAAGCAGCUCCCAUCACACGAUAUGGCUACUCCGUCCUUUGGCUUCUCUUCUUGGAGAAGACGAUCCUCAUCUGUCGCCUCUCGUUCAGAUCCGGUAGAUGUACCUGACCAAAUAGACAACCCGGACCAAACUUCACUAUUAGCAGUAGGAGAUUCGCGACCGCUAUCGUCUUCUUUAACAUCCCACAGCUAUAGAGAACCUACCAGGUCUUUUGUGCCUGGUUCUGUUAGAGACCAUCUCUCCCCUUUAGACAGUGCUAGUUUUGCUCGAAGUGUCCGUGAGGAUACGGCCGAGCUCGCAUCCUACGUUCUAUCGGACAAGAAAGAUAGGCGCAGCACGUCAUUCCUCAAUCGAAUAUCGUCUACCACCUCCCAACAAAGUCGGGACCAGUUAAAUCCCAACCAUGAGUCGCUAUCUAUGGGAGAGUCGCAGACGACCGGCACAGACACUAUAGAUGAGGUCUCCGAACCUUCCUCGCCGCCAGCUGGAACAGAGGACACUGACUCCGGCCCUUCGGCACUCACAACCAUGCUCAAGCGCUCCCCACCUCAGUCGUUGAAUGAACCAGGCCUCUCCGGUGAUAGUUUGCCAUCCAAGAAUACAUCCUCCAUGGGGCUUCCACAGACCCAAUUGGAGGAUGGCUCAUCCGAAACGACCCCACUACUUGGAGCUAUCUCGCGUAGGCCCGAGUCUCCAGACACCAUCACAGACAUUGACGACCUCGAGAGCCAGAAACCCAAUAUAGCACCUUGGGGUCCAUCGACGAUGAUACUUAAUGGGGGUAUUCGGGGUACAUUGCACAGUAUCAAAGGUUUAGCAAACCCGAAGACUUGGGAUAGGAAGGUCGUGUGGCAGAGAGCCGUGGUAGAUCCAGUGCGCUGUUUGCCAGCAGUGGUUGUUGGGCUCUUGUUAAACAUUUUAGAUGCCCUUUCCUAUGGAAUGAUUCUGUUUCCUCUAGGGAACCCGAUAUUCGCAGAUCUUGGGCCGGCUGGGAUAUCUAUAUUCUACGUCAGCACAAUUAUCUCGCAAUUGACUUUCUCAUUCGGUAGUCUUUUUAGAGGUGGCAUUGGUUCAGAGCUUAUCGAGGUUGUUCCGUUCUUUCAUAACAUGGCGACUACUAUCACUGCGACAGUAGGAGAAGACCAACCAGACGCGGUCAUUGCCACGACAAUCACUUCCUUCGCAAUUAGUUCCAUGCUCACUGGUGUUGUGUUCUACCUCAUGGGAAGGUUCAAACUAGGCUAUAUUGUUGGCUUCAUUCCUCGUCAUAUUCUGAUCGGAUGUAUCGGUGGCGUCGGCUGGUUUCUCAUUGCCACAGGCCUCGAGGUUUCUGCCCGUCUGGAGGAAUUCAACUACGAUCUCGACACCGGCCGAAGACUCAUUCAAACGGAUACUUUGCCUCUUUGGCUCAUUCCGCUUUCCCUGGCUAUUAUCCUCUUCGGCCUCCAGAGGAAGAUCACCUCAAAAUACUUCCUACCCAUCUACAUUCUAUGCGUGCCAGUGUUCUUCUACUUCUUUGUCUUUACAAUAGACAGCCUCGAUACCGAGAGCCUAAGAGAAGGUGGAUGGAUCUUCAAAGCACCAGAAGCUGGGCAACCGUGGUGGUACUUCUGGACGCUCUAUAAGUUCAACUUGGUUCAUUGGGGGGCAGUUUUGGAAACUUCUGGAGCCAUGUUCGCCCUAACAUUCUUCAGCGUGCUUCAUGUCCCCAUUAAUGUACCUGCUUUGGCCCAAAUCUCGGGAGAAGACAAUCUUGACUUAGAUCACGAGCUCAAGUUACACGGAUAUUCGAAUUUCAUAUCUGGACUCGCGGGUAGCAUUCAAAACUACCUGGUCUUUGCAAAUACGUUAUUCUUCAUGAGAUCUGGUGGCGAUAGCCGCCUUGCUGGUAUAUUAUUGGCCGCCCUUACAUUCGUGGUCAUGACGAUAGGGCCGGUAACCAUAGGUUAUAUACCAGUCAUGGUCGUUGGCACUUUGAUAUUCGUCCUUGGAUUUGAGUUAUUGCUAGACGCUUUGAUAUCCCCAAGACGAAAGCUGAAGUUGCUUGAAUAUCUAACGAUUGUUGUCAUAGUCCUUACCAUGGGCAUAUAUGACUUCGUUGUUGGUAUAUUUGUUGGCAUAAUCCUUGCUUUCGUCUCCGCUAUCUUCCACGCGUCUCAAGUCUCUGCUAUCCGUGCAACUUACACGGGAGAUCAAGUCGGUUCAAUGGUUAGACGGAACCCAUCACAGCAUCAUUUCUUACAAGAUGUUGGCAGCCAGACCUAUGUCAUCAAGCUGUCUGGUUUCCUGUUCUUCGGCACCAUCGUUGGCGUCGAAGAAAAGAUCCGUAGCCUGAUCUCCGACAAUAUCUUCAGAGAGCAUCCAAUCAAGUACCUGAUUCUCGACCUGUGGCAUGUUACGGGUAUUGACUAUUCAGCGGCUGAAGCAUUUAAGACCAUAAGCAGGCUCUUAAAUGGGAAAGGGGUCCACCUUCUCUUAAGCGGAAAGGAUGCAGAAAGUAGAAUAGGCCGAGAUCUCAGGGCUGUCGGUCUAGGGGCUGACGAACUCGACGUUAUGUUUAUGCCCGACUUGAACUCGGCAUUAGAGAGUUGCGAGAACGAGCAGCUUAAGACUUUCUAUGCUCGGCAAGAAGCCUUGAGGAUUUCGCGUCCGACAGCGUCUAGCAAUCUCGACGUGCCUAAUAAGGGGCAAUUUAGCCAGUCGCUGGAGUUCUUAUCUCAAUCUCCAAGGAGGAACCAUCUCGACCAGGCAGCUAGGACCGUAUUGAACCAGCAAGAGUUUAAACGGUCGACAAGAUGGCAAAACAUCAAGGAACCGUUGCGGCUUAUGCUUCAAGUCUUUUACGGCUUAAGCAACGGUAACGAAGAUUUUUGGUUCCGAGCAAAGCCUUACUUCAUUCGGAAAGAAUUCAGUGCUGGGACGGUGCUAUAUCAGCGUGGCGAAUCAGCUCGUGGCUUCUAUCUACUAGAAAGGGGUGAGCUACGAGCUGACUACGAAACGCCUCAAGGUCGCCUGUCCGAACCGAUUGUACAGGGAACAACGUGUGGCGAGCUUCCGUUCUUCUCCGAGACAAACCGGACUGCAACGGUGGUCGCGGUUAAGGACUGCGUUGCUUGGGUCAUGGACACGGAAAAUUGGGAGAAGUUACAAAAAGAGGAAGGCGAGGUAGCGCAGGAAUUAUUGAGGAUUUCUCUCAAGCUUACGAGCGAACGAAUGGAUGCUAUGACUAAAUAUAUAUCAGCGGUUGGAAACUAGGCCAGGGAGGUACGUACCUAGUAGUUUGAAUAAAGGAACAGGGAAAAAAGAAAGGGGGGCUUCUUGGUAGAGAGUCAAAAGGGAGAUGUCUCUACUAUCGUAUUCUGCUUCAACUUGGAUAUACCCUUUUUAAACAUUCAGCGCUUCCAACAUAAGUAUAGUAGUAUCUAUACUGCAACCUCUACUAGCAUGUGCCUACACGUAAUCAAUGGGAGUUCCAACUCCCUACUUCUUGGUGAUGAAGCUGCUGGAGGAGUUGGGAAUGGGCUGGCCGGGUGAUGAUACCAAGUGCGUUCUUUUUCGUCCUUUCCCUCCCCUCUUUUGAAUAAGGAGGGCAUGUAACUAAGUCUUUCACACAAACCUUGG